UGGUCACAGAGGAGCGGGGCUGGAAGGGACCUCGAGAGCAGGGUUUUUUCCCAGGCUUUUCCAACCCAGCGCACACUUACACGAAUAAAACUUUCCACCGCACACCUGUUGCAGGUUGCUAGCGGUGCACGAUUGCUGGCACAAGGGUGGGCAGGGAGCCCAAGGCACAGACAGUCCUUGCUGGCGCUUGAUCCCAAUGUUAAUGGGACGUUUCCGUGCCCCCACACCGCACCUUCCUCCCCCUGGUUUACCUGCCCAGGAGACCAGGGACUUGGCAUAGAAGCAAAGCAUCCUCGAGCCGGGGGACCAUCCCAGACAAAUCCCAUGUGCAGAAACAGCACUGUCACCCCUGACACCACAGCAGGCAUCACCCCUGGCACGGGGUCUGUGGCAACCAGUGUCCUGCUGCUGCAAAGGGGUGAAUAGUUGCUCAAGAGACCCCAGGCAGAGGCCGUGCCCCACUGCAGAGCAAAGCGACCCCCCCCCAAGUCUGCACCCAUCUGAGCAGGGGGUCAAAUCCCUUCCUGCCCCCCAUGCAGCAUCGGUUUGCCCCGAAGCAGAGGCAGUCGCCAGCGUGCCGUGGAGUUUGUAAAGCCGGGAGAGUCCGUCCGAGCAGGAGCUGGCGGAAGGACGGGACGAUGCCGGCCCUUCGCAAGGUGCAGACCCCAAAUGCUGUCAAGAGUUUGGGGAAGCAAAAGCUCUGUUUCUGCCCACAGUUUAUGGUCUUUCCCUAGAGAGCAGGCCCAGCUGAAGACCAGCGUGACGGAGGAGGACACGGAGGAGUGGCAGAAACAUGCCACGUUCAAGGGACUGGAGCGAGUGGGAGGGGUGGACCUGUCGUAUGUGGAGGGAAACCAGCCUCAGGCCUGCGCAUCCCUGGUGGUGCUCAGCUACCCGGACCUCCAGGUGCUGUACGAGGACUGCCGGGAGGUAGCUGUGAGUGCCCCGUACGUGCCAGGCUUCUUAGCCUUCCGCGAGGGCCCCGUCCUGGUAGAAGCUGUUCAGAGACUGCAGGAGCAGGAGCCCAGGCUCAGCCCUCAGGUGCUGCUCGUGGAUGGGAACGGCGUGCUCCAUUACAGAGGCUUUGGUGUGGCCUGUCACCUGGGCGUCCUGACAGGCCUGCCCUGUGUCGGCGUGGCCAAAAACCUGCUCCACGUGGAUGGCCUGGCCAAGGAUGAGCUGCACAAGGAGCAGAUCCAAGACCUGCAGAUGGGAGGAGACACGUUCCCACUGACGGGUGCCUCGGGCAGGGUCCUGGGCAUGGCCCUGCGCAGCUGCAACAAGAGCACAAAGCCCGUCUACGUGUCCGUGGGCCACAGGAUGAGCCUGGAGUCGGCCGUGCGCCUCGUCCAGUCCUGCUGCAGGUACCGCAUCCCGGAGCCCAUCCGGCAGGCUGAUCUCCGCUCCAGGGAGUACCUCAGGAAGCACUCCCCUUCUCCAGCUGGCACUGCGCUUCCUGGCCCUGAGAGGAGGGACGAGGGCACUGAGCCUAAGCACUGACCUGGCACCAGCAAGGUGCAGCAGAGCCCCUGCGUGAGCACGUGCCUUCCCCGAGCCCGAGCCCUCUGCUCAGCCCGGACACCGCCAGACACGAAAGCCAGGGAGCUUCCAGGUGUGGGACCACAGGCAAACCACAACCACGCCUCUCCUGUGCUGGGCCAGAGCCCUGCUCUCAGGCUGUUUGCAAAAUCCGUAUGAUUUUAAAAUAAAUGCAGCAAAAAAAUCA